GCCUUCCCUUCAUCAAAGCUGCCAAAUCUCGUGGCGUUUUCUUCCACGCCUUUUUACUUCGCUUUCUCCGCCCUGUCCUGUAUUUAUAUAUCCCCUACCUCUCCACCUGAAAAAUAAAUAAAAAGGCAAAAAAUCCCCUCCCCUUCUCCACAGAAAGAAAAUGGCUGCAUUUUCAGCGACGAUCCAACAUCUCUCUUUCACUCCCCAAUCCUCACAAGAAAAACCCUCCUCCAACCCUCUCAAAACCCCUUUCCUGGGCUCCACCCUCAAUUUCCUCAAGCCAUCAUCCAUCCCCAUCCGUUCAUCAUGUCGCCCUAUCUCCGCUGUCUCCAUCGAGCAGAAGAAGACCAAAUCGAAAUCCACCACUUCCAAUCUGCCGUUGAUUACGAAAGAAGAAGGUCUAGAUCUGUACGAGGACAUGGUACUGGGCCGUGCCUUCGAAGACAUGUGCGCUCAGAUGUACUACCGCGGCAAGAUGUUCGGUUUCGUCCACCUCUACAACGGCCAGGAAGCUGUCUCCACCGGCUUCAUCAAGCUACUCAAGCAGGAGGAUUCCGUCUGCAGUACCUACCGUGAUCACGUCCACGCCCUCAGCAAGGGCGUCCCAGCCCGCUCCGUCAUGUCCGAGCUUUUCGGCAAGACCACCGGCUGCUGCCGCGGCCAGGGUGGCUCCAUGCACAUGUUCUCCAAAGAGCACAACGUUUUGGGUGGUUUUGCAUUCAUUGGAGAAGGCAUCCCUGUUGCGACUGGGGCUGCCUUCACUUCCAAGUACCGCCGGGAGGUUCUCAAGGAAGCGGAUUGCGAUCUCGUGACUGUAGCAUUCUUCGGGGACGGGACGUGCAACAACGGGCAGUUCUUCGAGUGCUUGAAUAUGGCUGCACUGUGGAAGUUGCCAAUCAUUUUUGUUGUGGAGAAUAAUCUGUGGGCGAUUGGGAUGUCACAUCUGAGAGCAACCUCGGAUCCAGAGAUCUGGAAGAAGGGGCCUGCGUUCGAUAUGCCUGGGGUGCAUGUGGAUGGGAUGGAUGUGUUGAAGGUGAGGGAGGUGGCAAAAGAGGCAAUUGGGAGGGCGAGGAGAGGAGAAGGGCCAACGUUGGUGGAGUGUGAGACAUAUAGAUUUAGGGGACAUUCGUUGGCCGAUCCGGAUGAGCUUCGUGACCCAGCUGAGAAAGCCCACUAUGCUGCAAGAGACCCUAUCAUGGCCCUGAAGAAGUACCUCAUCGAGAACAGUCUUGCCAAUGAAUCUGAGUUGAAAGCUAUUGAGAAGAAGAUUGAUGAGGUAGUAGAAGAGGCUGUGGAGUUUGCAGAUGCGAGCCCUCUCCCUCCACGUAGCCAGCUACUAGAAAACGUGUUUGCAGAUCCAAAAGGUUUUGGAAUUGGCCCGGAUGGAAGGUAUCGAUGUGAGGAUCCCGGAUUCACAGCAGGCACUGCUCAGGUCUAAGUGUCUCGAGGUUUUGAUCAUCUAUACACUUUCCUGUGAUGUGUUGUUCUGAAAGUUCAUUUCCUAUGUGAAUGAAUGAGCUUCCUAUUUAAGCAGGCUUUUGUAUUGUUCUAGCGCCAUUCAUUUCUAUCCACGUUGGUAGUUCCAGUUAUUUGUUUAACAGAAGAACCUGUCAGAUUGGGACACCCUAAAGGGGAUGAUAGCCCAAUAAAAUGGCCCUUGUUUUUUUACACUACCUGUGUUUCCUGCUUAUUUGCAUUCUUGAACCAGUUGCUGCCGCAUCUGAAGAUUAUGUGCUUUUAAGUGGAACUAUGUUGUAGAACUUCUGAAUUCUUGAGAAUUGAAGAUGUUUUUAUGUUUUCA